AUGGCUAGAGCCAAUGACAGAAGCGCUCGAUAUCGAAAGGCGAAAAAAUGGAAGGCAAACAGAAAGGUUGGGGAAGCAACGACUCACGACACGACCGUCACAGAAUCGGAUCACAAUCACAUCGAAACGUUGAUGCUCGUCAAAGCGCAAAGGCCUGAUGGUCUGGACAUUCGUUUUGGGGGUGGCGGUUUGCGUGUUCCUGUGACAAGCAGGCCCAGCUGCGGCAUUUUGACCAUGAGGGACAUGUGGCACGAGGAGAUUAGCAGCAACAAAAAAAAUGAUAUAAAACUAAACACACGGGAAAAGAACGUGAAAUAA